AUGAACACCCACGGAAUACCAAUACACGCACGACGGAUGAUCAGGACCGGAAGAGUCGAAUGGCAUAUCACCAAGCCACUCGCGCGUUUAUACUCGAAUAGCCCAUCGGCCGGCUCCCGACGAUUCAACAAAUGGGAAACGAUAGGCCGUAUUGAUGGAGCGGAAAACCAAGUGGGUUCACCUUGUUCGCCCUCGAACCUCCGGCCGAUCCGUUACUUUCGAAUGAGCAAGCUUUCCAAGCCUAUAUCACCCUCAUCACCUGCACCAUCUGCUUCAUCAAGCCCAACACAUUCCUCAGUCGAUCAUUAUCCAAAAACAGCACCUUCCCACUAUUCCCUAAGAAGUUUUUUCAGUAAAUUUACUGAUCAGGAUCAUUCUCAUCAACAAGACCAAAAAUCAUCAAACUUCAGCCACGAAGAACAAUCCUCCCCCGUUGGUUUAUUUGGCAAACUCAGACAACUGACGAAGCUCUAUGGAAGUGCUGCUCUGGUUGUUUACGGUGUACUCGGUGGAGUCGACUUUGGGUUGUCAUUUGUAACGAUCUACCUAGUUGGCGCCGAACACGUGAGGAAAGCGGAAGACUGGUUACUCGAACAAUUGAACUGGAAACGAGCCCAUUCUACGCCCUUGCCUUCAACUACACCCGUCCCCCAAGGCGCUGAAACGGAGAAUAAUAUGCUAUGGACUACUGCUGUGGUGGCUUAUACGAUUCAUAAGACAAUCCUCUUACCAUUUCGCAUCGGACUUACCGCUUGGAUGACCCCACCGAUUGUUAGACUACUACGAAAACGAGGAUGGAAAGUUGGGAGAAAUUUAGGUUGA